UUUAAUUUGACAGUCGCCCACUGUGCGGAGUUGCUAGGAGAAGGUGAAUAGUCGCAAUUAGAGCAUGCUCCUUCAAUAGCAACCUGUAGAGCUCUCUAAUUUCCUUUUACGCGGGCGAUCCGCACACGCCAAUGCUGCCAGCUUUCCAUUGAUUCAUCUCACAAAGUGGUUUUUUUUUCUCUUCAAGGAGCAAUUCAAGAUCCACUCAAAAGAGGCAAACACGGCACUAUUUAGGCAGAUGCUUCUUUUUGCAAAGCGGUUGCAGACUUGGGAUUGGCUUCACCCACCUGCUUCCUGACUGCAUCCUUGCUUUGAAAGCAGGCAUCUUUCUCUCCCUCUUGGACCACUUGAGAUGCUCACAUUGAUUCUGUCAUGGCCAGAGAUUCCUGGACAUUUUGAGAGCGACCGAACUCCAGUGACUCAACUGAGACAAGUGGUGCAAAGUGUUUAUGUGUGUGUGGUGGUGGAGAAGGACAGAGCAUCAGCAGCAGUCAGAGGUACAUUUUCUGCCUCAUUGGAUUAAUCUUUUAUUUUGAGGUCAGAAGAGCUGUGUGCUUAAGGGGCCGACGUGGCAGUGGGGAGGAGGGAACGGACAGUGAGAGUGCGGAUUUGGCUAGCCAAGUGAAUAAGCAAUUGAAGCAGACGCUUCCCUCGGCCCUUCUGUAAUCCUGAUAGGUUUUGACAGAGAUGAGAGCAUCUGCUGCCUAACAUGUGCGGAUCUUCCGGUGUCUGUGCUGGUCUGGAGAAGGCUUCCCCUCUCUGUUGCUGCUGAGCUUGACACCAGUUCUGUUGCUACUGUGGUACAGUGGGCACCAUGGGAUCCACAGGUACUGAGACAAACCAAGGAGUGGACAGCGCUCCACUGAGGUAUCCGAUAGGAGGCCACACUGAGAAAAUGUGGCAACGACUUAAAGGAAUAUUAAGAUGUUUAGUGAAACAGCUGGAGAAAGGUGAUGUUAACAUAGUUGAUCUGAAGAAGAAUAUUGAAUAUGCAGCGUCUGUGUUGGAGGCAGUAUACAUCGAUGAAACAAGGAGACUCUUGGAUACAGAGGAUGAACUCUCAGACAUCCAGUCAGAUUCAGUCCCUAUGGAAGUACGGGAUUGGUUGGCUUCUACUUUCACAAGGAAAAUGGGGAUGACAAAAAGGAGGCCUGAAGAAAAACCUAAAUUUCGAAGUAUUGUACAUGCUGUACAAGCUGGGAUUUUUGUUGAAAGAAUGUACCGAAGGACCUCUAGUAUGGUUGGUUUGGCCUAUCCAGCUGAAGUGAUAGCAAAUUUUAAGGAUGUUGAUAAAUGGUCAUUUGAUGUGUUUGCCCUAAAUGAAGCAAGUGGAGGCCACAGCUUGAAAUUUAUGAUGUAUGAACUGUUUACCCGAUAUGAUCUAUUGAGCCGUUUCAAGAUUCCUGUUCCCAAUCUUAUUUCAUUUGGAGAAGCUUUAGAAAAUGGUUACAGCAAACACAAAAAUCCUUAUCACAACUUAAUCCAUGCUGCCGACGUUACCCACACUGUGCACUGCAUCCUGCUCCUCACUGGUAUCAUGCAUUGGCUCAGUGAACUGGAAAUAUUAGCAAUGAUCUUUGCUGCUGCCAUCCAUGACUACGAGCAUACGGGGACUACAAACAACUUCCAUAUUCAGACCAGGUCAGAUGUUGCAAUUUUGUACAAUGACCGCUCUGUUCUUGAAAACCAUCAUGUAAGUGCUGCUUAUAAAAUCAUGCAAGAAGAAGAAAUGAACAUCCUGGCACACUUAACCAAAGAUGAAUGGAGGGAGCUGCGCAACUUAGCCAUUGAGAUGGUCCUGGCUACAGAUAUGUCGGGUCAUUUCCAGCAAAUCAAAUCCAUGAGACACAGUCUUCAACAGACUGAAGGGAUAGACAAAGCCAGAGCCAUGUCCCUGAUUCUACAUGCGGCUGACAUCAGUCAUCCAUCAAAGGCCUGGGAGCUACACUUCCGGUGGACCAAAGCACUGAUGGAAGAGUUCUUUCGACAGGGAGACAAAGAAGCACAACUAGGCCUACCCUUCUCUCCUCUCUGUGACCGUAAUUCCACCAUGAUAGCACAGUCACAAAUAGGUUUCAUUGAUUUCAUAGUAAAGCCAACCUUUGCUGUUCUUACUGACUGCAUGGAGAAAAUAGUUUUGCCUCUUAUAGAGGAAGCUUCAAAACCUGAACCUACUACCUUAACGAUACCAAGUGAAACUAGCACUGAAGGAAGCAGUGCUGAAGCGCAAAAAAGGCUAACUGUUAAAAAUUCUGCAUAUGUUGGUGGGACCUGUCCAGAAAACCAUUUAGCAACUGUGGACUUAAUGGGCUUUAAGGAUAACUUGUUUCACAUCAUACAAGAAAACAAAGACAGAUGGAAAGAUUUAGCAGUGCAAGAAGAACAAAUACGAGGAGAUGCUGUGAAGAAGAAAGAGCGGCUGGAAGACCCAAGUAGACAGGCCACAGAGCCUCACUUGGAGGAUGGGGCAGCAAAGGUGGUUAAUGAAAAGAACCAGGGUACAGAACCAAUAGUUUCACCCCGCACUUCUGUUGUUGUUGAAGUGCACUGUUUCAAUUCUCUUUCCGACAUUCCUGCUUCUGACACUCCAUCGAAACUUUCUUUGAAUACAAAAGGAUCUGUGGAUAUACUACAAGAAACACAACCCAGUAUCCCACUAAAUGGUGAGUCCAGUCUCAGUGAGAGCUCAGAAAAGCUACUUAAAGUACAGAAACAAGAUGUGCUGCGCAACUAGAUGGAUUGUGUUUUAAUUCUUUCUCCUAUUUUGAGAAGGAGAGGAUGAACAGAAGAGCAUGAAAACAUCUUCAUUUCCCAUAAAGCUGUUACCUUCUCUGUUAAAUCAUCCUUGGACUAUCUUCUCCGUCUGCAGAACUGAGAGACAGAAAUGUUGGCAUUAAACAUCCCAAAGCCCUGAGCUGGUAACUCAAGGCACUUAGAGCAACAUUCAAGAUUCAGAGUUAUUUUAUUCCUUCUUCAGUUCUGGCAUCCUUAAGGUAGCUGGAAUACAUUGUCAGCCAACAAAAAAGUGGUUUAUUUCAAUCAACGAGUCCAGUCACUACCAUACCAACAUGCACAAUUUGUGCUUACGAAAAACAAAACCUGACUUGCAGAGACUUCUCAAAAGCCUGCUUUUGGUGGAUAAUAUAUUUAGCACUUCUAAAUUAUCAGGGAUGGGGGUGGGAUACCAUAGUGAAGUUGUUAUAGAGAAGUUGCAGUCUUUCUUCUUGCAGUCCUCUUGCAUAAUGACAUUUACGUCUGCUUGUACAGAUUUUGGUUUUUGGUUUUUUAAAAAAAAAACAACAGAAUGGUGAUGGGGUUUCUGAAAAGCUAUACUUCCAAAUUCAGGAGUCGUACAAAGCCUCUUGAAUAAGGUAGUGAAUGUGUUGUUAUUUUGUCCUUACAUGAUGAAAAUCUGUUGUUUUAGUUGACCCACCAUUUUUUAAAAAGGGAAAAAUCAAGCCGUUUAAGCUAGUGAAAUCAUACUAGAUCAGAAUGUAUGAGAAGGUUCAAAUGGGUCUUUGCUGGGAUCUAGGGUGAGGCUUGGAGAUCAAGCAUGUACUUUGCAUGCAGAAAGUUCAUUGCAUGCAGAAGGUUCAAAAUAUAAUCCUUGCCAACUCCAUAUCUAAAGGUUCUUGAACAGGAGGGUGACACAAAACUUCUUCCUGCAAUCCUGAAGUUCUGCUACAAAUCAGAAUGAACAUUCCUAGUCUAGACUGAUUUAUAGCUUGACUCUCUUCAAGGCUGCUUGAUAUAUUCAUAUUCAAUGCUCUCUUCAGAGAUAUGUUGUGUAACAGACCACUGGUUAUUUGAGUACAGGAUCUUUAUUUCUUCAGGACCAUGUGCAAAAUAUUCUGUGAGCAACACUGUGGAAAUAAUUCAACCCUAGUCUGCUUGCCACAAUGAAGACAGUGUUGUGACUGCAUUGGUUGUACCCAUGGAACUGUGGCAACUCUGCAUGACUACGUUGGCUUCUCCACUUCUUGGCCCCCCCCCCCCCCCUUUGAUCCAUUCCAUGCUGUCAGGAAUGGUAUAAGAGAAUACCAAGAAGUCAUCAUCACACAUAUCAGUCACUAGGAAAGCCAUAUAUGAACUGUGCACAUUAAGUAUGUGUUACUCAGUUUAAGAAAUAUAGAUGUGGUGGGUGCACAGAGAAUAAAAACAAAAUGCAGGGUAUUUUUUAAAAUGUGACAAAAGGCCAGAAUUUUUGCAUUUAGCAUGGACUUUUUGUACCGUGCAGUAUGCAAAGGACAUUAAAAAAAUAAAACUGUAUGAUAUACUGUAUAAUACAACCUACUAUUUUGCUAAGUUGUUUUCUUUCUUUAUGUGUGUAUACACCCAGUUACGUACACACACUGCUACUAGCAGGUAGCACCAAGAAUCUAGCUCAUGUACUAUAUCUUCAUGCUUAUGCACAAUUGCUUUUUUCAUUAUAGUAACUGUCGCAGUCAAUAAUUUGGAAGAAAAAUGGAUAGAGAUGCAUCAAAUAGGUACGAAUAUUUUGGGGCUAGCCCUAGAGGUUACUCAGGAACACCAAAGUUCAUACCUUUGGAGCCCUGCUGUAUACAUCAGUCUGCUUCCUCCACCAAAAUGAAAGAAAGACAUUAUGACUGGGCUUGCUUCAUAUAUGUGAUAGAUCCCCACAUACCUAAAUCAACGCAUUAUUCUGAGGCAUUGAUUUUUCAGCCAACUCUGCAGAGCCCUCAUAUAAAUACUUUAAAGAGAUGUGAUGGAUUGCUUAUGUCAUCUCUGUUAUGUAAAAAUAUUGCAACUUUGUUCAGUUGGCUUCUCUAUAUAAGGAGAUAGAUGAAGCACUGCAGUUCAUGAGUCUAAGUUGGGAGCUGGAAGAUUAAUUUGAACAAGAAACUCUGCAAUUUAUAUCCCAGUAUCUGUUUUCAUUGCCAGGUCUUGAUUCUGAUAAGUGGAAAGUGGGAUCUACUAGUGCAUGUUCUAGUACAGGAGUGAGAAAAUUGCUACCCAUGGGUAGUAUGAGGCCUGUUGAGGCAUUUUGUUCUCUGAUUUCCAGAACCUCUGAACACUCAUUCCCCCAUGUGGACAAAGAAAAUAUAACCAUCCAAAGCAGCUCCCAGACCUGAAACAUAUACAAGAAUUUACAUGAAUGCUGUUUGGUAAUUUUAGGCCCUGGACUUAAUGGCAAUAUGAGAGCUGGUGGGAAGAUUUUAGUGAGUCCCACACAUCAUUUUAUAAUCAAAAUGUGGUAAACCAGACCUACUGCAUUUAGGGGCCUUCUUGCUCAUUCUAUUAAGCAGAACCUUGGAUGUGAGUCCCAAUUCGUCCCCAGAUGAGACAACUGGAAAUGUGAUAGCAAGAAGUGCCAAAAAAGAAUACGAUGACGACGAUGGUGAUGAAGAAUAUUGUGCAUGACACUAUAGCCUGUGCAUUGCCAAAGAUUUAACAAACAAAAGUGAAUCAUCCUUGUUUUCAGAGAAAGCAGUGGUUAACAAGAUGAUAAUAGACAAGUCCUAUUCCUUUUUUUAAAAGGCCUACACAAGAUAUCAGCGGUGACCAUCUCAACUUUAGUCCAUCUCUUAUAGCUGAGGAAAUGUUUUCAUUCUUUUGUAGUCCAGCAUGAAGAAAAAUGCACUUGGAAAAGGUUACUUGAAAAAGAUGGAAACACUUAUAAAAGUCACUUUUUGAACUGCAAAACUUCAGAAUUCCCAUUGGCAGAGCUGAAAACGCUGAAAGCUGCAGUUCAACAAUAUUGGAGGGUGUACAUAUUCUUCAUCCACAUGUUGCCUAAUUCUGAAACCAUCGUUAUGCCUUCUUCUAGAAGCCAUCCUGAAAGGGCACUACAGCCAUCACCAACAAUAUAUAAGGUUCCCAGAUUUCAUUUGCUUGGGACAACAACAAGAACAAAAACCAACCCUAGUAUAGGGAAUGCUUAUUUUCUUUUAGGAUAGUGUAAAUGCCAUGGGGGGGGGGGGGGGUGGAUAGGAAGAAGUGCAAUCUGUGCCUAUUAUAUUUGUUUUGUUUUUUUAAAAUAAUUAUUAAACCUGAACUGGUUCUUUAUGUUACCAUUACAAGCCAUGUUUUUCAGUAAAGUGCUAUAGCAGGGGUGGGAAGUGUUUGGCAGUGGAAAUUGUACAGGCCCACUGCCCCCUUCCACAGCCCUUGUUAAAGAGAAAAAAGGUUAUUCCUCAGCCAGAAGAGAGGGAUGGAUCCAGCCUGCAGUGGUCCAGAAUGGGAUGGCUGUGGUUCUUGAGCCCUCUGCAGUUGCUCACUUGUAUGGUACAGAAGAUUAAGUCCUUCUUGCCGGUAUCUUUGAAGUUGUCCCUGGACAACCAGGGACAGGGGUACAUUUUACAUCCUUUGCUGGUUUUGCAAGCAUUUAUGGCUCUCUGCCUUGCCUCAUCUGGCCUUUCCUGGGCACCUGUGUUUAGAUUGCCUUUUCUCUUCCAAAGCCAUGUGACAUUUAGAUGUUAGUAACUAGUUUUGUUCAUGGGAAUAUGUGUGGGGUUGGCCCCAGGUUUCAGGGAGUCCUGGGCAAAGUAUGCUCUGAUGAGCUUUCUGCCCUCUCAGGGAGACCCUGAGACUGUGGUGGCAGUGCUCUGAAGCUCAGGACAGCACUCAGUUAAAUGCCCCACAAUUCCUCAGAACAAGGGUAAGUUGCAAAUGCCAUUGGUUGUUAAAAAUGGUGACUUAAUCCAAUUGCUUAGUACUACUCUGGGUUGAGGGCCAGGCACCUGGGAAUGACAAGCACUGACACUGGUCCUGGAAAUGGAGCAAGUUUCCAUUUGUCCCUCUCCUAAAAGCAAUGUUAAGCCUCUGACUUAACUUAAGACUUUGUUCUGUUCAUGGAUGGGUGACUUUGGAGUUUAUCACACGGGAGGAAUUUCUUUUAAUUUCGAAUGAAAAGAAAGUGGGGCCAGAACGCA